AGCACUCUGUGGAUCUGCGUGAGUUGGUUGGGGUUCUUCUAGCAGCUUUGUGGAGACCCUAGGAGUAACUCAUUCCGUAUUCUUCACGGACAUCCCGAGACCGCCAUGGCUGAUCAACUGACAGAAGAGCAGAUUGCUGAAUUUAAGGAGGCUUUCUCCUUGUUUGACAAAGAUGGUGAUGGUACCAUCACAACUAAAGAACUUGGGACAGUUAUGAGAUCUCUUGGUCAGAACCCAACAGAGGCUGAGCUUCAAGAUAUGAUCAAUGAAGUAGAUGCUGAUGGCAAUGGAACAAUCGACUUUCCAGAAUUCCUAACCAUGAUGGCAAGAAAAAUGAAAGAUACAGAUAGUGAGGAGGAAAUUCGUGAGGCAUUCAGAGUUUUUGACAAGGAUGGCAAUGGUUACAUUAGUGCAGCAGAGCUCCGCCAUGUAAUGACUAAUCUAGGAGAAAAAUUAACAGAUGAAGAAGUAGAUGAAAUGAUCAGGGAAGCAGAUAUAGAUGGUGAUGGCCAAGUCAACUACGAAGAAUUCGUACAGAUGAUGACUGCAAAAUGAAGCCUCCUCACCUUUUUCCCCUCUAGAAGAAUCAAAUUGAAUCUUUUACUUACCUCUUGCAAAAAUGUUCAUUUACUCAUUCUGUUUCUGUAUAGCAAAACUGAAUGUCAAGAAAUACCUUAUGUCCACAAAAAUCUGCAUGUAAUGGUUGGUGGUCCUGUUCCCAAAAGAUCAGUCUAAACAUCAGUUUUACAGUAUAUUAAUACUUGUACUACCUUAAACAACAAGGAAGCACUUAGUGGACUCCUUACGUUCCAUUUGCUAAUGAUUACUCCACUGUUUGGGCUGGCCAGUUUUACAUGCAUGCAGCUUGACAAUUGAGCACAGUCAGAUCUUUGUAUUUAAAACAGAUGAAAAAAAAAAAGAAAAAAAAAAACUCAAUCCACUAUCUUUGGUGGAGUAUGUUUCAAUUUGUAGUGUAAAUUGUCAUAGCUGGUUUACUUUAAAAUUGGUUUAUACCUCAGAAUGGUAUGCAGCAAAAUGGCUGAAGGAUGCAAAUUGUGAGGAAAGCCCCUAAUGGUUGAAUGGUUCUUUUGUACUUGGUGUGCUCCCAAUAUCUAACUAUGGAUGGCAUGUCUGUUCUAAUAUUGGUUUAACAUUAUUUGCAUUGCACUAAAGUGAAACGGGUGUCAGGCUGUUACCGUUCACAAAAUUUUUAAGAAUCCUUCACCAAGCAGAGCAUUUUUGGACUCAUUUUAAAAUCUGUACCUGACUUGGAGCCUGGCAGAGUAACCUAUACCUAUAUAGGACUUCAGCACAACAAUCAACAUGGCUGUUCAAGAAAUGUCAAUGUCCAUUCCAAGUUGUAAAUUCUAGUUUUUUUUUUUUGUUUUUGUUUUUUUUCCAAUAAAAGACCAUUAUCGUAA